GAACAAGAACCUUCCAGCUCAAUUGAGAAUGCACUCUCUUCAUUGAAGCAAGCUUUAGUCAGCUGAAAGACUCUUGAAGCAUUCAGAUGUCGAUGUGAAAGUUUCUAUCACUUCCUGCAUUGUUGAGUCUAUGAGAAUUAACUGCUCCAUAUGCUCCAUAUGAUGAUGAAAAAAUGAGGGUACGCUUCUUUGUUUUACUUGUUUUUUUUCUCUCUCUCUCUCUCUCUCUCUUGGCUACUUUGACUGCUUUCUUUGACUCACCGCGAAGGAAGUGUUCCAGUUGAUUGUAUCAUCGUUUGAACAUCUAACUGUAGAUCUAGUCCCUCCUAUGCCAAAAGGAAAUCGAUCCUUAAUACUGUGGCUAGCGUUAGAACAUCUGCUCUGAUGUUGGAUCUUGAAUGUGACGCACUUAUUAUUGAAAUGUUCCAGCAUUUUCUCAAGUCUCUAAGGUACAAAAUAAUAAAGCUCUUUUCUGCCACAAAUUUUAAUUUAAGUCUAAUAUGGAAGUAUAUAUCUUUUUGAUGCUAUAGUUUUCUAUCUCUGCAGUGUUCUGUAAUUGAGCUUCACAACUUGCUUACUGUGUGUUGCUUAUGUCUGAGUGAUGAUGAAUCUAUAAUUUUUUUUCAUUCAGGGAUCACCAUCCAAUCAAAGUAUCUUUAGAUAUGGAAAAGACAUUAUGUCCCUUGUUUUACAAGAAAGCGAUGAUAUACCUCCAGAGUUGCUUUCACCAAUUCUUCAUUAUGUUAGAAAGGAUGCUGAGGUGACGAUGAUACAUGUUCUUACUAUUUCUAUUUGUGGAAACCAGUGCUCUUUGUUUAACUCUCUCUCAAUUUGUCCUCAGGUUCAGAAGGAGAACCGUCUCACCCCACUCACAGGUUCAGUCCCUGAGCCUGGUGACUUGUCUGUGACACAUCAGUUGGCUAAAGCGAGACAGAGAAUUGUAGACACUUUAACCAGUGUAAGACUAUAUCGCUCUGAGCUCGAUUCAAAGGAACAGUACAUUUUGACCAGUUUGCGAAUAGUUUCGGUCUGAGAUAAAUAAGAAGGCAGAUCAUUUAGAGGCUUCGCUGCAUGAAUUUGAAGUCUUAGGAGAGAUGAUGUUUGGAACUCAUGAACAAGUUUAGACUGAAACUGAAGAUCAACAAAAUGGACCCAAGUAAAGUACUAAACUCUCCUUCUCCUCCAAAAAAGGUCGCCGGUGUUCUGUUUUUAUCGACGCCGCUCCGGCGCGUCGCCUAGCACGAGCAUCAGAUCCGGUCUCGCCUCCUCUCAAGAACACAUCUCAUUAAGCUUCGUCAUCCUCUUGCUCUCGUCGCCAUGGAUCUGAAACCUCCGUUACAAAACGUAAUCGACGGUGCUGCUCAUCCUUCGAUCAAUAACUCGUCCUCCUCGAUAUCUACUCAAACCACAGUCACUCCAGAUCCUCGUUGGCCGUCUAAGUGUCGCUGGUCUUCUCCACCGGCUUCGACAAGUACGCUUUCGACUGAAGUUGGUGAUGGUGAAGAUAUGAGACAUCAAAUAGAUGCCGUCGACUUGGAGUUGAGUCCGAAGGAUUCAAGUAAAAUCCUAACUGGAAAAAAAAUGGGGGAAAGCCACUCUGGUGUUGAACAAGAAUUAGAGGCAGAUGGAAACAUCACUUCUACAGAGAUCACUUCUUCGGAAAACAAAAUAGAGAAAAUCGUUACUGCUGUUGAAUCAACACUAGAGGUGGCAGGAGAUAAUGUCACCAUUCCAGAGAUCACUAACCAGCCUGAAGAUGAUAGGAACACUUGCGUUCCACACUCAAGGUCCCCUCAGUCUACUGGCCUCCCUCCAAUAACUACUAUUUCUCCAGAGAUAUCUGUUGAUUCUCCAAUAGCUGCUUUUGUUCCUUCGAUUGGAGCCUGGGCCAAACCACUUGCUUUUGCACCACCUGCAACUCCUCCAGCGCCUGCAACGCCAAGUGGUCUUGAUCCGCAGUACCUCAACAAUCUCCUUGACUCUUUUUGGCCAACGCUGACUGAAGGAUUAGGGCCAAACCAGAAGAAAAAAAAAACCCAUCCAAGUGCUGUAAGAGAGUUUCCUCGUAUGCCGGUUCAGAAGAUUCCAGUUCCUGAGCUUAAAGGGGAUGGAACACUAAGGUUUCCAUGGGCAGCCAGAAUGGACCCUGCUACCAGAAACCUCUAUCGAGCAGCUAAGCCAACUUUUCGACUUGAUGGAACACCUCAGGUAACUAUUCCUUCUCAGGUGCUUCUCUUAGGACCAGAGAAUAAAAAUGAAUAUAUCAUUGGCCACUUUCAUCGCUGCUCUCUCCCUCCUGGGGGUUUAAUUCAUGCUGUGGUUAAUAGGUUGUGGGGUAGAACCUGUAGAAUAGGUUGUCGUAAGCUGAGUGACUCCUCUUACAUGUUUCAUAUACCUCACGACUCAACUCAACAAUGGGUAAUUCAGAGAGCUGUGUGGCAUGUUGAUGACUGUUUGUUAUUUGUUUCACCUUGGAAAUCAGUUAACUCAUUUAAAAUCCCUGAAGUAUCAACAAUCCCAGUGUGGGUAACUCUUAAAAAUGUUCCGGAUAGCUGUUACUCAAGAUUGGGUCUCAGCCAUGUAGCGUCUGGACUUGGUGAGCCUAUGCAAACUCAUAAACCUCGACUUGAUCCGACUUGUUUGGGAGAAGCAAAGUUGUUGGUUGAAGUAGAACUUGACAAACCUUUUCCAAAGCAAAUUGCCUUAGAUGACAAACAAGGUAAUAUUUUUCUGGUGGAUGUUGAAUAUACAUGGAUUCCAAGUGUUUGUGGCAGAUGUGGACAUUUGGGACACAAGGAGAAAAGAUGUCUACUCCCAGCUGUUCAAUUGAAUGUGGAAAAAAGUUCCACGCAUGAGGAUUCUUCCGCUGGAAAAACUCAGCCAGAAAUGGAAAAGGCACUAGCUCAGUCUAAUGGUCCAUCCGAUCAAUUGGUGUUGCAAGCUGAGAAUCUGGAGUCGGGUUUGGUCUCAGCUGAAGAAGGACGAGAAGAACUUACUGAAGUGACUUUGGAUCUGAGUUUGGGACAUUUACAACCAUUUAGUGUUGAGCUGAAAAAUCUCUCUACUCCAGUAAACAACCUCACUUGCUCCAAGGUACAUAUAGCCAAUGGCUCCAACUCUCUUUCCACUUCAUCACCAUUAGCAGACACUCAAUCUGCUCCAACUAAAGCUCCUAUUAUGGAAGAAAUUCCAUCCCCGGUUAUUGUCCUUGAGGCCAGCGGUGUUUCAGCGGACAAUUCAUUGGUCCCUCCAUACUCUUCGGUACAUGACAGCCCUUCUGUCACUCAAAUUGCUUGUAAUGAGCAAGAUGAUGAAAGAGGGUAUAUGAGUGAUGCUACGGCAAACCUCAACAUGUCACGAGGUGGAAGACCAAUAAAACCACUUCAAAAGUUUCAAGAUAUGGAAUGGAAAACGGUAAGAGAAAAAGGUAAAAGGGAUCGCCGAGGCCGCGGAAAUUACCUUCCUUCUUCCUAGUAGUUUCAUCUUUGUCUUGUUUCAUUAAGCUUAAGAAUCAUAAGUCUUCUCUUUUGUAAGCUAAUGCUUAGUUGAAUAUGAGGCAUGUCUCAUCUAAUUUUUUCAAACUUUAUGGUUGUUUCAACCAUACAUUGUAUGUUUCUUAGUAUUUUAAUUUUGAAAGCUUUUUACAAAAAAAAAAAAAAAAGUACUAACUUGACCAGCAUCAGCAAUCUCUUUUUUUUUGUAUCCUGAACUUGUUGGACGAUGGUGUUAAGUAGAAAAAAUGUCUUUUGGAUAAGCACCGAUGUUAUGUAGCCAUUUGCUAAUAGAACCAAAAACUCACAAUGCAUGUUAGUAUAACAAAGUAGACCAAUUAUUUAUACAACUGAACCAGAACAAAGGCACCCAGAAAAUAUACAACAAAAAGAUAAAUAAACCAAACAAGAAAAAUCUCCAAGAAAAAAUCUCUAGAGAAGACAGCACAAAAGAGCAUCUAAAAAAAAAGAAGU